AUAGCUACGCGGCAACGGAUAACCCUAACAUGGAUCAACCAUACGCAAGAAUCUCCAGGCGAGCUAGUACACCAUGGUGGGAUUUUCAGUCACAUCGCAAUCCACAAAGAAUCUUCUUUUCAAUAUUUUGGAUGAUAGGCUUCUUUUUCGCUGUUGCUGCAACACUGCAGAGCCUCUUGAUAUGGAAGAUCAGUACAAAGGACCGACCAGUAGAACUGCUAGGGGAGCUAAAUGGGCUUUUCCCCGCAGUGGGUACGAGGGUGAUACGUUUUCAAGAAAAUCCACAGUUCAACCCCCUGAAUACCUCUGAUUUAGAAUGGAAAGCAGUCAUGCCUCAAGGCGGUGGCUUUGUGGUGGCUACUGGUGGCGACCAAGAGGCCCUGCAUUUGCCGCCUCCUAUACAAUCAGAAGGACAGACCGUAUACAACGUUGCUGUUUUCCACCAGCUACACUGUCUACAUGCCCUAGCUGAAGAGUUCAAUGACAUGAUAGCUACUAUUCAUGCCGGAGCGGCGAGAGGAACAAAGAUUCAUCAAGAUCGACAGGAGCAUAUAGAGCACUGUCUCGCUUACCUAAAAGAAUCACUAGUGUGCUGUGGAGACACGGCUUUUGAAGGGCAGUCAUCCAAGAGUGAACUUCCUUCAACUAGCGGUUUCGGAUCAUACCACGUUUGCAAAAACUUCGAUGAGAUUAUGAGUUGGAGCUUUAGCCAUCGUUUGAACGAUAUGACUGGCUAUGGUCAGAGCUCUAGACACAAGCAUACCUAA